AACCACGCAUUGUUUAUAAAAAUUUGUCAUUAACUUAACCUCGAGAUCAAAUUCUACAACAGUUUACUUAGCAGUAGCAGUAAAACUAUAACAAAAUCCGAUUGCCAGGCGUUAUCCACGACCUCAAAAAAGUUUCCCUUUCCCUUAAUGGGAUUAAUUGAAAGUGCUCUAAGAAAACCACAAGUCAACAUGGACAGCGUUGAAGCUCAAUUUGUGCGCGAUGCAAUCGCCAAUAAUAAGGUCGCAAUUUUCAGCAAAAGUUAUUGUCCGUACUGCACAAUGGCUAAGGAGCCAUUUCGUAAGUUGAAUGUAAAUGCAUUGAUUGUGGAGCUAGAUGGGCGUAAGGAUGGCAAUGAAAUACAAUCGGUGUUGGGCGAGAUGACAGGCGGUCGCACGGUACCUCGCGUUUUUAUAGACGGAAAAUUUGUGGGUGGCGGUACGGAUAUUAAACGCAUGUACGAAAUGGGAACCCUGCAAAAGUACUUUGAAUAGUCUUAGUAUAAGUUGGUAAAUUUUGUUUAUUUUAAUGAAAAAUUGUACAAAUGGUGUAUCAUAAAUUGUAUUUUCUUACUAAGUAAAUUCAUUGCGGUUUUGUGGCAAAGCUUACAUCACUUAUUAAAAACAAAGAAUAAUGAUAUAAA